CGUAAACCGUAUCCCUUCAUUCAUCAGGCCGUUUCCUGAAGCCAUUUCCAGACGGGGGAAACGAGAGUUGCGCUACUUUUUAAUCCGUUGCAUCUGCCUAAAUGCACCUUCAGAAGGAAAAAUACUUGACAAAAGUCGAUAGUUCAGACACUCGUCUUCACUUUGGUCUGAUUAUUUUUGUCACUAUCGCGGCGGAUUAGCGGCCACACGGGCUCGAAAGUUGAGAGACAAGAAAGGGGUUACCCCGAAUACGCAAGAUGAGAAGAGGGAUCUCCUCGGCUCCGGACAAAGUGAUUUUAGCGGGGGUUGGGGGCUCUCCUCUGGACAAUAAUAUCAUUUUAACCACACUGUCGGAUCGGUUAAACCCCGGGCAGUCGAACGCGACGUAUAUCCAAAUAAUAACCACCCCACCGCCUUGCAACGUUACACAGACAUCCAGUGUGUGUUUAUCCGAGCCUCAGGUCAACAACAUUUACACAACUCCACAACAAGCUGCAGCCAACGGAGCCGGACAACGACCCGCUCUGGGGAGACCUCCGGCCAAAAGGCGGUUGGCGCUCGAUGAUUCAGACCACCAGUACCAGUCAGAACCCGCCAGAACUCCACGAGGCCGAGGAGGCGGCUCAGCGGCCAACGGGGCUCGGUUAAAGACACCCAGAAGUAAGAAGCAGACGGCAACGAGAGGCCUUCGGACAUCCUCGCCCAAAUCUCCUCCAGAGAAGACGCGAUAUGACACAUCUUUGGGCCUGUUAACGAAAAAGUUUGUCGACCUUCUUGCUCAGUCUUCUGACGGCGUUCUGGACCUAAAUCUUGCUGCUGAAACCUUACAGGUACAGAAAAGACGCCUUUAUGAUAUCACCAAUGUGCUAGAGGGAAUCCACCUGAUCAAGAAGAAGUCGAAGAAUAACAUUCAGUGGAUGGGCUGCAGUCUGUUGGAGGUAGAGGGAACACUGACCCAGAGACAAAGACUGACAGCUGAAGUUUCUGCACUCGGUGAAGAAGAGCAGAGACUCGAGCAGCUGAUCCAGAGAUGCAGCUUGGAUAUGAGACACAUGAGCGAUUUGGCAGUCAACCAGAAGUAUUCUUAUGUAACAUACCAAGACAUCAAACAGCUGGGGAACCUCCGAGAUCAGACUGUGAUUGUCGUCAAAGCACCCACAGACACCAAACUGGAAGUUCUAGAUCCUGAUGAGAGUUUGUCCAUCCACCUAACCAGCACCAAUGGUCCGAUAGAAGUCCUGCUGUGUCCAGACGAGGAGAACGACCCCAGGAGUCCAAUAAAAAACGGAAACACGGAUAUUAACGGGAACUCGCCUUUCCUCAAAGUAGUUCAAGAUCCCAGCAGCACAGCUCCUGCUCUGACCCCCUUCCUCUCUCCACCUUCUUCCUCCUCGGCCGUCUCCGUUACCACUCUCUCCCCCAUCUCGUCCCCGUACACCAGCCUCCUCCAGCAGACAGAAGAUGAGAUCCCUGCUUCCCUGGGGCCUUUCCUAAACCUCGGGCCUCCUCUUCUGGACCAAGACGACUACCUUCUAGGUUUGGGGGAUGAUCAGGGAAUUAGCGACUUGUUUGACGCCUGUGACUUUGAUAAGAUGCCCUCACUGGGUCUGGAUGAUCUCCUGUGCAGCUAGCAUUAGCUAAAACACAUAGCUGGGGAUGAAGCACUGAGGGCUUUUUCUGUCCCACAGGGGCUAAACACCAUGUUCCCUCAUGGCGUGAGUGAUAAGCGGCCUGGUCAGUGUGAAGCCUUCACCGUCUUUAUUUUUAGUGGACGGUGAUUUACAGGUGGUUGGUGAAGUUUAAAUGGGGACAGGAAGGUUGUCUACGCUCUCUGUAAGGUGAUGCUGUAUGGAAGAGAACAACAAAGAGCUAUAAUAAAAACUCCCCAACACCACCUGGCAUUGCUGCACCUCCUGGGUUAUAUGAGGUUUGAUUUAUCAGUACGAUGAUCCAAAGCCAUCAGUAGAGCAGUGAAGUGUUGCUAAAUCUGUAAGGAUCCUGGUUAAAUCUGUCCUCUGAUGCUGCUCCCAUCAGGUGUACAGAAUCAUCUAGGUAAACCUUAGGAGAUGUUAAUGCCAGGUGUUGUCAGGACGAGAUUCUGAAGGGUUUUUUACUGUUUUCAUUCAACACCAAUGAUCUGUGAUUGAAGGCUCAUACUGCUGACUGUUAAAUAGAAAUCUUUUGUGUGCAAAUGUAGAACAUUUUAGAAAUUAAAGGAAGUAUAAAAAGACAACAGGACGAUUGUUGUGCACAGCACUCAUGACUCGGUUAUGGUUUGAUCAGGCAGGCUGAAGCUUUGGUCACCUGUCGGGUCACUUGUUACAUAUCUGGCCUUCUAAUUCUAAAGCUGAUAAGCGUAUUCAUACUGUAUACAUGUAGGCGAUACUCUGUAUUGAAACUUUGCAUGGAAAAGAAUGUUCUGGACUAGAAAUUUAAACUGUAAAAUGGCAUCUAAAAAUAACAGGAGUCUGUACUCUAAAUGCUCUUAAACAUCAGUCUGUCAUUAAAUGCAAAUUUUCACAGUGCAGUGAUGAAUACAAAAAGAUGUGACGCCUCGCCUCAUGUAACCCAGAAACUUUUUAGUUGCUAACAGAGAAAAGCCAUCACUUCUGGGUAAUGUGGGGUUUCGUUGAACCACCAGAUGUUUAAUCCUGGCCUGUUCAGACACGAUGUGCAAAAAGAAAAAAAAAACUUCUCCGACUCUUAUUGAUACUUUGUGAAUUCAGGACUCCAACUGUUGCUGCUUCUUACCUGUCGGUUCCACCUUCAUCAGCAGAAGUCGCCAUAACCAAACUUUUAUCGCCUCCCCUGACUGUGCAGUUAAACUGUGAUCAGAAAGCAUUGAAUCGCUCACGCACACUGAAUACUCAGUGAAAGCAGUUUCGAUGAGUCUUUUUAGGUUCAGUAACUGUUGGAAUUUUAAUGGGUUUUAAUACUGUAGAAAUAGCUGACAUCAAGGACCUGAUAGCCACUAAAUGAGACUUCAAUGUAAUGAAAAUAAGAUUAACUGAAUUCAGUGCAACCAAGCUUUGGUAUCAUGUGUUUAGAGCCACUUAAUUUGAAAACAAUGAAGCUGAAAUAGAAGCUGAAGGGAUGCGAUGAACGCAAUCGCAGUUCACUUCUAAACGCGUCGUUACAUCCCAGACGCUAACGUCUUGCCUGAAGCCUGGCUUUUAGAGACCACAGGCGAUAUUGCUGCUGUUAUCGUUGACUUUUCCCCUGAUUCGAUUGAUGUGCGCUUGAGUAAUUUGCGUGUGCGAGUGAUGUCCGAUCAAGCUUGCGAAAGAGUGAGCCUGCCAUGUGUAAAUUGAUGUAUAGUUUUCUAAUUUUUCCAGUGCACAAGGUACUGUAGGCUACCUCUCACUUAACGUUGGACAGUAGUAGUAGUAGGGCGUAGAGGUAAAAGCCGUAGUGUGGAUGAGUCCUUUCGUCAUAGAAACGACCCUUUGUAUUAUUUAGCAGUGACGUUGAAUAUUACAUCACACUUUUGUCUCUUUCAUGCGUGCGAGAUUCCACUCUGCUAAUGAGAAAACCAUUGCUCACAGACCGGCGUAGAUCUGAAUAUUGGGGUGCACAUUAGGUAGAAAAGUGGACAAAUAUAUUGCAAUAUAUUUUUGUUUUUAUUUUUAGAUCUUUUCAAUAAGUUAUUUAGUUCUUUUGUUUAAAUGCAGAGCAUCUCUUCGACCCCUAAUAAUGCGUGUGUUUCCAUGCAGCCAUUCAUCCACAUCUAAUCUGUCCUUCGCUGGUCAUCAGGAGACUCUGCUCUGUCUGCAUUCACCACUGAACCAUGAUCAGUGAUUUUUUUUUUUUUUUGUGUCGUCUGCUUUGCUUUUGUGACACCGUGUGUCCGUUUUUAUUUUUGGAAUGUUGAUUGAGAGUGUGAUGCUUUUAGAAAAUACUUCUGCUGUCUUCACUUUCACAGAGAGAACUGAAAACAAACUGUUAAAAAUAACUUUAGCCGCUUGUUGCUGAGUUUAAUCAGUGCUGCCGUCAGAAAUGACUGAAAUUUGACUUCAAUGCACAGAAACGUUCUAAUUCACCAAGUACAAGCUCCAUAUUUCUAUCAGAGCAGUUUACAUAUUUUCAUGGGUAAGCUGAGCUCAUUUUUCUCCAUCUGGUUCACUAACCUCAGUGCCACUUUCUACAGUUUACAAGUAAUUCUAUUUUCCCGUCUGUUUCAAGCAGUCAGAAUCUGGUUGAAAUGUUUUAUCCACUUUUAUGUGAUGGAAACAGGAUUUUUUUGGAAAGCUUGCACCUUUCCAGAGGUUUUCUAAUGGAAUGUUAAAGAUUUUAAUGCACCGCUGAAGCUAGUGUCUUGUGUAAUGGGUGACUUAAACUUGCAGCUCAUUCAUUUCUAAUGUGUGGUUCUGAUAUGUGAUUAGAUCUUACAGAAAAUGAUCAUUAGGGUAAAUAUGGUGUUAACUAUAGAUCGAAGCAGCAUUUGUUUUUCCUGCUAUUUUCUUAUGGUUAUUCUUAAGCUGUUACCAAAUACAAUAUACUGAUCCGUAAAUAUUCUGUAAAGGUUAUGUGAAAAGUUAACUAUUUGAUAGGAAAAUUGACUGUAAAAUUCUGGUAUUGCUGCCUGUUUUCCACUAACUACACAGAAAAGAGCAAUUUGCAAUUUGAACGCAUGGGUGAAAGUGCUGUUGAAUGUUUAAGAUAAACUAAUUGGAUGUUUUUGGUGUGUGUUAUUCAGUUAUAUAAGUUGUUUCUGUACAUCUGUUAAAUGAGGAAUUUGAGUUGUAUUUGGGU